UUGUUCGGGCGAGAUAUGAUGCGCAGAAAAGAGGUUCGACGUCAAUGCGGGGUUCGUGCAGUGCCAAGUAUUUUGGUCGUCGAUAUUUUGUGCCCCCUCGCUGGGGGGUGAACUUUGAAAUUGGGAUACUAGGGAAGUGGGCUGGAAUUGUUUGUUUUCGACCGCGUUUGCUUUAUUGAGGAGGAGUAUUUUUGACACGAGUUAGGUGGAAAUUAUUGACCAAUCGCUUUGCAUAGUGUUAAAUCCCUUUGUUAUCCUAUAUAUAAAAUAGUCAAUAAUCUAACACUGUGGAUAAUUAUAGAAAAAAUAACGCGAUUAUAUUUUUAAAAUCUUACGUUUUUGUCAGGCUCAAACAGACGAGUUUUCUUUCUUUUAUAUUGAGAAACUACGUAAGCAAAAUGAGUAAGUCCAAAAUGUCCAUUUCCCUGAACAACCAAGAGAACAUGAUUAUGUUGACAAAGAAGUACUUGAAAAGGAAAAUCAUGUGUCCAGAAACAAAAUUCAGACAUCAUAUUCAAGAGCGACUCCAUGUUCUUGAACUAGUGAAACGCACCGUUGAUAUGGGUGAAAGCAAUUCUGUGCUACUCAUUGGUCCAAGAGGCAGCGGGAAAACUACUCUUAUUAAUAGCGUAUUAAAGGAAUUGGCAUGCUCAAAGAAUUUUCAAGACAAUGCAGUCAUUGUAAAUCUUCAUGGUUUGGUUCAUACCGAUGAUCGAUUAGCUUUGAAAGAUGCAACAAGGCAAAUGCAAUUGGAAAAUGCUACUAAUGAUAAAAUUUUUAGUACAUUUGCUGAAAAUUUAAGCUUUUUGCUAGAAUGUUUGAAAACUGGUGAUAAGAAACGUUCUAAACCUGUAAUUUUUAUUUUGGAUGAAUUUGAUUUAUUCUGUGCGCAUCACAAUCAAACUUUGCUGUACAAUCUCUUUGAUGUAGCUCAAUCUGCUCAGGCUCCUAUUUGUGUAAUCGGGAUAACUUGUCGUCUAGAUGUAGUAGAGUUAUUAGAAAAGAGAGUAAAAUCAAGGUUCUCUCAUCGUCAAAUUUUCCUCUAUCCUGGAGAUACCUCUGGUUCUGAAGUAGUAACUUCUGCUUUUGAUGAUCGUUUAGAGCUCUUUGAGCAUUUACUCAGUCUACCCGAUGAUGAGAAUGUUAAUGAAAUAGAACAGAUGAAUAAAGAAUGUAAUAUAGAUGCCAAAUUUCGAGCAAUAUGGAAUGAGCAGAUUAGGAAAUUAGCUGACAAUCCAACUAUUACCACUCUUCUGAAACAGAUGCAUAAAACUGAUAGAACGGAAAGGAAAUUCAGGAACUUCUUAGCGGUAGCUAUUUCAUCGCUUUGCACAAAUCAUCAGAAAUUAGAAGUUGAUGAUUUUAUUCAAGCUAGUAAAAUGUUUACUCAAAAUGAUAAGGUUUUAAUGCUAGAAGGAUUGUCCACUUUGGAAAUGUGCCUGAUUAUAGCUAUGAAACACGAAACUGAAAUUUAUGAUGGGGAACCUUUGAAUUUUGAAAAAGUGUACAAUCGUUAUUUGAAAUUCACAAACAAAAAUUCUUCAAUUGAGUCCGUCCAAAAACCUGUAAUAAUGAAGGCAUUUGAACAUAUUAAAAAUUUGGAAUUAAUAAUACCAGUGACAACAAAUCAAAGAAUUGAGAAAGAGUAUCAGUCUUACAAUUUCACAUUAACACCACAACAGGUCAUGGAAGCUGUGAAAAAUUACCAAGGAUUACCAACUGAUAUUGCUCAAUGGGCAGAUAGUAGUAUAUUCUAAGAAAAAAUUGAAGAAGUCAAAGAUGCCAUUCCAUUAUAUUUUACAUAUUGAAAAGCAGUGCGUCUACGAUUUUGCUAGCAACUAUUUUUUAUGCAGAAUAUAACGUACGUCUUACUACUAUACAAAAGAUUUCUCGAAUACGUUUGUCCAAGUCUAUUUAAACAAAAUGAGUUUAUAUCGAAGUGAGUAUAACGUCUUUUACCAGUGCCAUUAUAUAUACUUAUUCAAGUCAUAGGGACAAGUGUAUUAAUGUGUGUGUCAGUUUCUUAACCAAUGUAGCAAAUUCGACUGACUAUUGUAGGAUGACGCAGUGAAGAAUUUAUUUAUUGCGAACUAAACAUGUGUUCAUUCUGUAGAUAAAUGACUUUGCAUAUCAUACAGUUGUUAGUAUGGUUCAAGAUACUUUGUUCAAUUGUUGUGGGUCACACAGUUAGGAAAAAGAUAUUGUGUCAGAUUUACGUUGUUGAGUACAUUUUUAGCGUGAUGAAAAUUCCAUUUACAAAUAUUAGUUGAUAAUCAGACAAAAUUAAAAAAAAAGUUUAAAAUUAAUUGUAUUUGCAUAAUGAAAAUUUUGGUUUAGAAGGUUCUUAGAACCUAAGUUAAUUUAAGGCUUUGAGACAAAUAAUUAUUAAUUAUUCUAUGAAUAAAAUAAUUGUCCCUUUUUUUAUAGGAAAAAAUCGGUGACCGCAAUAAUUAUACCGCAUAAUUUAUAUCGGUCCAUCAAAUUGUAGUAAUAAAUUGUACUUACAUUGAACAGUUGAUAAAAGCAAGGUUUGCUUGAUGCAUUUAGUUAUUUUAAUAAUUAAUUUCAGUGAUAUAUAUCUAGUUAAUUUCUAGAAUACUUCACUAGUGCCACAAAAUAAAAUUACGCUUAUUUUUAUGGACUAUUUCCGCUAUUAGUAGUGAAGAACUAAUGUUACCGCAAACGUUUGUAAAUAAUGCGUCAUCAAACCUGCCAAAAAAUCUAGUUCGAUAAAACCACAUACAAUAAUUUGUGUAUGCGUGAGUGAGUGUAUGUCCGUGUAUUAGCAGUUAGUAGAAAUUGCACGGACAAGUUCCUUCAGUAGGAUACAGUUGUAAUUGAAAACUUUACAACAAAGUUUUCAAGUCAAGAUUUUCGUAGUAGCUACAUGAAUUAGUCCUCGUGCAGAGUAACGUCCAGGUUUACGUAACCUACACACAUACACAUAAUUAUACUGUGAGAUUCAUUUUGCAAGCUUUUGUAGCUCGUAGGCUUCGUAUUAGAAAAACUGUUUUCGCAUAAGAUUAUGCCGUCGAUUAUGCCGUAUGUGAUUAAAUUGCAAUAUAAAAAAAACUCCAAUAAUGUCGCCGUAUACAUAUUACAAAAAACAAAGCUUGAGCAAAUUUAUUGCCAAUACACUCAUCGAUAAAUGUACAUAAGUAUUUAUAUAAGUUAUUUAUUUUCAUCAAUGAGCUAAUAAGAUUCAUAUCAUUCGUAGAAUCAUAAGUGUAGAAGAAAAAUACUGAAUAAGUAUUUAGUAUAACCAUACGUAAUUUUAAGUGUUAGUGAACAUGUUAUAUCGACGCGUCGAUUGGAUUAAAACUAUUGAAAGCUUCUGAUUAAUUAGUCCAAGCUACCUUCAGUGUACCGAGUUGGUCCGAGUUGAUCGUCGAGACCGGUAGCGCCUUUUCUAAAUUACUUCUCGUUUUAUUUAGGGGAGGACGAUUGAAAGCCCUCAAUCCAUUUUUGAGCCGCUUUGUGCGAACGAAUUUUGUCAAGAAAGAAUCAUGUCCUACGAAAUUAUUGAAACAAUAUAAUGUAUCAAUUAACGUGUUGACUAAACUGUGUAUACAUCUUUAUAGCGAAGAGAAACCUAUAGCCAAAGUGAUAUGUAGUGUAAUCUACUUUUUCGAGUGCUUAUAUAUAUAUAUAUACUAUAAUCUCGCACUGCAGAUCUAUUUUACUGAAAUUAUUAUCGAAUGAAUUUGUCUACAGGUUUCUCGACUGAAUUUAAUUUUACCUGGAUUCCUUCCGACCGAAGGAAUGUCAAUCAAGCUCGUUUUUUUCUUAGAUAGGGGCUGGAGCGCAGACAAUGCUCGGCUCACGCCAACCUAAGCGAAAAAAAGGAAAAAAAUCGUACCAUAUGUGGUAUUAAAAAAAAAAGCAAAGCAUCACUAUAAUAUAUUCUUGACUAGUCUCUAAAUAAACGUGAACUUAUACACAACGUAGGCAUCAUGUAAAUAAUUAAACAUUUAAACAACAAGUACUUGUGAGUGGCGUAUCCGAUGCUCCACUAGAUCCGCACCGAGUAAUUCCUCAUGGGCGUCCAUUCUUAUCGGUAUAAUUUUAUCUAUUAUCUAGCAUUGGAGAACCAUUAUAACAAUAAACGUCAUUCUUUAUCAAACCGA